GCCUGUUUAUAGAGUUAAUAAGGUUAAAAACCUUCAAAGUGAGUGAUCAGAGUUAUGCACAGAAAAACAUGAUUUAUUUAUUUUAUCCGAUAACCUGGAAUUAAGACAAUAAAAUCCCAUCCCUGCUUCUCCCAGUCAGUUUGUCUCAGAUCAGAUCAGUUCAAUCUGCUCUGAACUCCAGAACGAGAAUCUCCCACAUUCCCCACAGCGUGACCGCGUGUUUGCUUGAGAUAAACCAGGCGAAGAGGACAAAGGUCAAGUUCAAAGGUCACCCACAGGUGUGUGUUAGCGUCCAGGAAGCAUGUGAAGCAGCGACGGCGUCCACUCGGACUCUGAGGACGGAUGAUGGUUCCCCUCAGGCGGACGCUGCUGCUCCGCUACCUGCUGCUGUCCACGGCGCUCGCUCUCCUCCUCUUCCUCACCUCCUUCUGGCUCCCUCAGGGUGAACAGAGAGGCUGCGGCUCAGUGUGGCAGCCAUGUUUGACGUAUCACAUCCAGACGCCUCUAGCCCCGCCCAUCGUGGAUGAGAGGGCGGAGUCAGACGAAGCCCCGCCCCUUGUCAAAGAUUGUCCUGGACAGACGUUUCAGGCCCGGGAGCUGCUGCGGUUUCUCCGGUCCAGCCUGGCUGAGGACGACGAGGACGUCCUGCUGGAGCCGUACCUGCUCAGCUGGGACCAGCUGCUCAACUUCAUGGAGUCUCUCGGAACGAUGGUCAGCUUCUUUUCUCAGAAAGUGAGAGAAAAGACGGAACUGAUCCGACAGCUCUCGCUGAAACGCAGCUCAGAGUCUCGGUCAGCCGGUUCCUCUGGACUACAAACCCCAGCAGCAUUCGGAUUGAAAACCGGGGCGUAUCGAUCCGUUCGAUCCAUGGUGGAGGCGGAGCUGCAGGCCGGAACGGUCAGCUUCUCCCGCCGUACGGACUCAGGCUGCCGGACGCUGCUGCGGCUGCACCGCUCGCUGCUCUGGCUGAAGCUGAUGCUGGAGGGUUUGUCUGAGGGUCCAGACGCUGAGGGACGAUUCAAAACGCCCGGAGAGCUCAGCAGAGACGCCUACAAGGUGGCGUUGGCCCCCCACCAUCCCUGGAUGCUCCGCCAGGCCGCAGAGAUAGUCUUCCUCGCUCUUCCUGACAGAGAGUACUUCCUGCAGCUGGUGUGUGUGCAGAAACAGGAAGAGGCGACGCCCGUGCUGCGCAUCAUCAUCCACGCGCUCUCGGUGGUCCACACACGGACUCAACGCCUCCUGGCGAAGUACAACAUGUUGGAGCUGCCCUGAACAGGAGAACCCUGUGAGAAGGUGGAUACUGCAAAAUAUAUCUAUCAGUUUGUGUUAGAGGUUAUUUAUAUUAGUUAUUAAAGGAAUAAAACAUCACAAGACAGAAAAUUGUAUCUCAGUCAAUAAUUGAGACCAAACA